GGGGAAAUAUAUUGGCAGUCCUGGAGUCACUCUGUCUGUCACAGAUGUUGUGUUGGAGAUGGAUCCUACAUCUGUGUCAGAGAGGGAGAAUGUCACACUGAUAUGUAGAACCAAAUGUACACUGGACCCCAUCACAGCCUACAGUUGGUAUAAGAAUGGACAGCCUAUACCAAACAGCAACACCUCCUCUCCUGUCUAUAGCCUAUUCUCAGUCAGCAGUGAGGAUACAGGCCGAUACUCCUGUGCUGUAGAAGGCCAUGAGGAUCUCCCCUCUGCUGAAGAGACUCUCACUGUCACAUAUGGUCCAAGGAACACCUCAGUGUCAGUCAGUCCCUCUGGUGAAAUAAUGGAGGGCAGUUCAGUGACUCUGACCUGCAGCAGUGAAUCCAACCCACCUGUGGACAAAUACACCUGGUACAAGAAGAAUGUUACCUCAUCAAAAGCAUCAGGACAGAGUUACAGCAUCACUAACAUCAUCUCUGAGGACAGAGGAGAAUACUACUGUGAGGCUGAGAAUACAAUAGCAUCUAAUAACUCUACAGCUCUGAUGAUCAUUAUAGCAGAGAAACAAACCUCAGUUCUAACUGCUGCUGUAGGAAUCAUAGUGGUUGUUCUGGGUGUCAUACUGGCUUCAUGUCUCUCUGGCUUCAUGUGGUUCAGGAAGAAGGCCUCCAAAUCCACCUUUGACACAAGACACACAGCAGACGACGGACAGGGAGACUCUAGUGCAGUGUAUGUCAACAUCUCAGGCAUGGCCAUGACCCCUGCUGCAGCACAGACAGUGGCCACCUUUGACCAGGAACAGGACGAGGAUGUCCAGCCCACGGUGGAACAAGCAGCUGAGGAGGACCCCUCUGUUCUCUACAGUACAGUCAACAAACCCAGAACCAAGAAGACCUGAACACAACAAACCCAGAACCAUGAAGACAUGAACACAACAAACCCAGAACCAAGAAGACAUGAACACAACAAACCCAGAACCAAGAAGACAUGAACACA